AUGGCCUGGUGGCUGACGGCCAGCGCAACACUACUUCAGGCUCUUGUGGCGGCGCAAAGCUCGUGGCAGAUUUGGGGAACGGAGGUUUUUGCUGAAUUUCUGGAAUCAGCCGGGUGCGAACAGUGCAGCUACUUGAUCUCGGAGCCGACCCAGCAGGCGCGAUUCGAAGUGUCCAGCAACAUCUUUGGAUGUGCGGAUAUCGACGUGCUGCUUCCAUCGAUUCAUUGGCUCUACCAGGCAGCGCGGCAGCGUAAUGCUGGCAUCCCUCCCGGCCUGCUCGUGGACGGAGGAGCGAACGUCGGCAGAGCAACGGCCAGAUGGAUUGCCAGCUUCGGCGAUGCCUUUGGCCGGCGAGUGUCCAGGAACAACAGCCAUGCAGCAUGCGUUGUUUGUGCCGGCGCGGACGCGUCGGAGGCUUCCAGGGCGGAAACACCAACGGUGGUUGUGGUAGCGGUGGAGCCAUCUGCGUCAAACUUCAAGCUGUUGCUCCAGCAUGCUGCAGAACACGGCUGGAAUGAGGAAGGUUUCCUGCCCCUCGAGGCCGCUUUAAGUGACGUGGCCGGCCAUGCGCAAUUGGCGGUUAGCAAAGACUUUGCAAUCGAUGAGAUUGCUACGCUGUUAUGGAAGGAUGGGGAUCAUCGUGACAAGCAGCCCGUAGAGGUGAUCACACUUUCGCGUGUUGUAGCCGAAGCAAAGGCUGCGUUUCCAGGCCUGGGACGCGAUGCUGACAAAGUUUAUUUGCUCAAGCUGGACAUCGAAGGGUCGGAGCCAGCAGUUCUCAGGUCCUUGGCGGCAGGGGAUCCACCAGUUAAGUUUGUGAGUUUCGAAUAUGCGUCCAAUGUCUGGAAGGAUAAGCUGUCUCAUGUGAUCGAGGAUCUGUUUCGCUCCAAGUACUUCUGCUUUUUGAUCACGUCCGAGCAUCUCUUCCCGGUUUCCGGUCCAUUUUGGAGCAAUGCCUUUGAAAUUCCAAUGUGGAGCAACUUUUUCUGUGGUCGAGAUGGUGAUCCAGAUCUGGAGGUGUUGGUGCAAUUGCAUUCGGGAGCAGUUGGGUUGUGGCCUCGCAUGCCCGGAAUGUAUCUGGCGGGCUUGGCUGGUCGUGACCAGCAUACAUGGGGCCUGCUCGAGGCGCAGCAUGCUUGCACAGACCUGGGUGCGGCUUGUGCUGGAGUCACUUGUGAGCGUCCUGCCUCUGGCAUCCCAGGGGAGGAGCCAGGCGGAUGCUCUGUGCGCAUGGGUAUCGAGGGACUGAGAAGAUCGCCCUUUGGCGAGGUCACAUACCUCAAAAGCCUGGCGCAUGCCAAUCUUUUCUUGAGGUACCGGCAGGCAGCCAAAGAAGCGAAGCUUGCGGCGAACAUCGCGAUCGGAGCGUUUGAGGUUCAGCGCUGCGAGACUGACUCGAGAGCCACGGCAGAGAAAGAUGCGUCUGGGGUUCUUGCCUGGUUGUACCUCUUCGGCCUGCCGUCUACAACGCAGCCGUUGGUGCAGAGAGAUGUGAACGCUGCAAUCAGAAUUGCACGUGAGGGCGCCCAUCAUACGCCGCCUUGUGCCCGGUGCUAUGCCCUUCUGGGGCUCCUCCUCGGUGUGGGAUACCCUCCGCUUGUUGGAGCUGCACACCUGGCUCAAGAUGGAGCUGGUGAGCCAAGGCUGCUUGUCCUUGGAGAUGUUCUUGCACAAGAGCCUGCGACAGCAGACGCCGCACGAUUGCCACGUGACAUUGGCCCACCGGACCCUUCUGCAGCUGCGUACGCCCUUUCUUAUGCUGGAGGCGAUCCACUUGGCAUGCUUGCCGUUGCAUACUUGAAUCGCACACGCAUGAUAAACUUGACCAAAAUGACGGCACCUGGUCCCAAUCAAGCAUCUUCCCUCGUGUCGCGAAUGCCAAAGACUGUGGACAAAGCCAGUUGCGACGAGACUUUGGUCAAUUCUCUAGGGAACAUGGCUUCCUCAACUAUUGACGAGAUUCAAUCUGGGUCAUGGGGUCCCGUCCCAGAUCCGCUCUCUCAAGGAGUUUCCCAACAGAGAGCAGACAAAGGCUUCCUUGAGCACAUCCUGGCAGAUCCCUCGAGGUCGUCGGCACCUGAUCUGGCCAAGGCCUCUAGCAUGUUGGAAACCGGUGGAGUUCGAUCGGAGGAUCUGCCUGCAGUAGCCCGCAAAGCUGCCAAUGUAAGUCAGCUGCGUUCUUUGGCAGCUUCGAAGGGUGAUCGGAAGUCAGCUCUUUGGCUUGCUGUGGAGCACCUGCAGGAGAAUGACACCCAGAAAGCGAAACCACUGCUUGACCUAGUCGCGACUAGAGCCACGGAGGAUGCCGGCCACGACGCAGAUGCUGAGAUGGCCAAGUAUUAUUUGGCCCGGUUCGCCUCGCCCAAUUCGUCUGAUGUCGCAACUGCGAGGCGAGAUGCUUGGCCACACCUAGUUAAGGCCGCGGAUCUUGGGAGAGAGGAUGCAAAAUUGCUGGUUGCUCAUUCGUUCGUGGAUGGAUCCGAUGCCUUGGAAACUCCAGAAGGAUCGUCGCGCAACACGGAGGCAAUUCGACGCUACAAGCAACUCUUGCCAGAGGCCACCGGCAAAUCUGACAAGCCCAACGUCACAUUCCCGACGCCAUCAGCACCAAUUCACAGGAAUGGCGCUUUGAAUCCAGUGCAGGCAUUUGCAGCCUACAAUUUGGGAGUGCUGUCCCUCAAAGACUCGGAGGGCGCAUCUCAGAACCGCACAUCUGGAUCAUCUGCGUCAGAGGCGCUCUCGGAGGUUACGAGCGGUGGCAUAUGUUCUCCUGAAGUGCAAGGAUCCUUCUUGGAAGUUGUGCUCUCCCAGUCGAGCAUCGUUCGGCUGAUCAUAGCCUUGGCGCGGCGCUCGAAUACACUUGGCGAUGAAAUUGGCGCCCUCCUCUUGGCCAUGCUCUUAAGUGACAUCGGCCAUGAUCUUGGUCAUGCCGAUGCAGCCUACUUGUGGGACAAAUGGGCGGCGCAGCAGCCACCACACCUAGUACUAAUCAGCGAUACGACGACCCAUGACGACAAGCAGGCCCAUCAUCCUUGUAACCUUCGUGGUUGGUGGACAACGUCUUCACCGGACCUGGUUUCCAGAAAUGUGAGCCUGGUGUUUGCGGCUGAGGUGACAGGAGGUGGAACUGAGAUGUUCAACGCCAGCCUUGCUGACAGCCAAUUGCUGCAAGGGCUUGAAGUGACAGAGAUCGUCCAGCCGAUUCCAGAAAGGACAGAGUUUCGGCAUCUGUAUUCCUUCCUGUGGCACACCAGCUACGAUGCUUUUCCUGCUGGCGCUCCAGUGCCCGUCGCAUUGCAACCUCCUGGGGCAGUGCCGCACCUCGUGGAGUUCCAUCAUCAACGUGGCAAGCUCCUGAUGGACAAGUCUUGCAACACCGCCGUGGUUGAAGGCAUGCACGUCAACUGGACUUUUCAUCGCCUUGAUGCUGAGCCGGCCCCAGAGGUGGCUGUGCCAGAGGUGGAGGCCAAUCGACAGGAGCCACUCUCGAAUCCCGUGCUGGUUUCCGCACGCGAUUUCUUACAUUGCUGGGUGCGGCCCGAGUGGUACCACCGAAGCCUGCAAGCCAAUGUGGCUUCUCAGAAGACACAGGCUUCGCAAGGCGCUUGGGAGGAGCUUCUCUCCUUGACCGCAAGCGCAGACUGUCCAUGCUACGGUGGAUUUGGUUGCCGACGAGGUGAUGGGGCCUGUGAGGAUCUCGCGAGGCAGUGGGCUGGUGCUGGCGAGGAGCUUUCCUCUUGCCGUCCGGGAUCCUUCCUCUGCCGCGAGGUGCCACCAGAAUUGGAACCUGCGCGACCGAUAUUCGCCGCUGCACCCGACACUUGUGCCUUCUACUUCCAUCGGAGGGCGGCUUACGACGGCAAGGUUGACGCCAUGCAUGUCCUUUCGCAUGCCUACAGCAGCGGCUACCGUGGAGCCCCUAAAGAUGGUGCACAGGCUUUCUACUGGAGUCAGCAGGCCAUGGCAACCGGUGACCUCCGAGGGCGCUUCGAUGUGGCCUAUUCUCUAGAAAAUGGCUUUGGCACCGAGAAAGAUCCUGACCGCGCCUAUGAGCUCUAUCAGGAGAUCCUGACCGCUCAGGGCCUUGGCAAGGGCGAGGACCUCGCGGCGCGCGCUGCCUCCUUCCUGGCCUUGCUGGCUGCCUCUGGCCGCGCCUGGGCCGGUCGAUUUUUCCGAUCGGGCUAA